GUAAAAUCCAACUGUUUACAUCGUCUCGUGUUGCAUAAGGUGGACUGUGUGUGCAAAACGCAGUUGAAAAGUUCCUUAAACCCUUCCAGAAUUUCCUCCGAUGGCCGCCAGAAUCUCCUCGCGCUUUCUCCGGCGCCAUCUCCUCCGCCACCACCACCAACCACCCCUCCCCUCCCACCAAUUCAGCACCACCGCCAUACUCCUACCAAAAUCUCACCCUCUUACGCAUCCCAUCUUCAAUUCAUACCGAUCCGCAAUCUCCAAUCACCCCCAACACCAAUUUCUACGCUUUCUAUCAACCCGGUCCGUUCGCCCGACCCGACCCAACAAGCCCGACAUCGGCGCCCGCGCCCGGCAGCUCCAGACCCGCCGCCUCUGGACCUACGCCCUAGCCUUCAGCUGCGUCGCCGGCUUCAUAAUCAUAGUACUCAACCAAUUCCAAGAUCAAUUAGUCUUCUACAUCACCCCAACCGAAGCCCUAGAAAAGUACACCACCAACCCAUCCAAAUCGAGAUUCCGCCUCGGCGGCCUCGUCCUCGAGAACAGCGUCGCCCAAAUUCCUUCCUCGCCGGAGAUUCAGUUCGUCAUAACGGAUUUAAUCACGGAUAUUCUGGUCAAAUACGACGGCAGUUUGCCGGAUCUCUUCCGCGAGGGGCAUUCGGUGGUUGUCGAGGGUUUCGUUCAGCCGUUCGACGAGGAAAUCAAGAGGAAGGAGGAGUUCGCUCUGAGGAACAGUAGCAAAUUGGGGGUUUCCGAAAAGGCGAGGAGUCUGGAGUGCUAUUUCGCCGCCACUGAUGUUCUCGCGAAGCACGAUGAGAAGUACAUGCCUGCCGAGGUGGCGAAUGCGAUCGAGAAAAACAAAAAGUUGCUCGAAGAGAAGAAGACCGAGGAGGAAGCAUUGAUCAAUGCUAGUAAUGCUGGCGGUGAUGCCGAGCCGGCUGUGAAGGCUUGAUUGCACGUUCGUCGUAGGUAAUUUUUUUAAUUUUUUUUUUCGGUUUUGAUUUUUGAAUUCUUUUCCCGUGGAUUUAGAUUGAUGUUCGGUAUGAUUCUUAUACGAAUUUGAGCAGAAAAAAGUGAGAGGAAAACUAAUUGAUGAUGCAGUAUCAUAUUUUUGUUGUUAUAGUGAGAUUUCGGAAUGUGGUUCUUAUUGAAUAAUAGUAGUAUCAAUCAAUGCCCUGAGAAUCACUAGGGUUUUUGGAUUAUUGGUAUUAAGCGAAGUAAUUAAUAAGUUGCAUUUUUGCGUUUGUUAUGGAUCAUAAUUUACGGGCACAAUUAUUCGUA